CAAAUCUCUUCUCAAUUUGAUCUUACAUGUGUCGCGCAGCUCUUGUCGCACAAUUAUAAACGAGUGGCGGAGACCCAUGUCCCUUCAUCACAGCUUCUUUUCCCUGAUCCUUUGGAAAAAUCCCAGCCUUCCCCCCUCCCCCAAAUAUAAAUACAGCGACCUCUAAUAAUCGUACCCAAACCGUAGUGACCAUUCCCUCCUCCCCCGCCAUGUAAGAAAGCGACCGUGUAGUUGUAGUAAUUAGCGAGUGUGCAGAGUUUGCCGGGGCCUGGUAUCCUUGAAACGAAAGACAUUAAUCCUCUGGUGGAGGACAAGAGAGCAGUUGAACACCAUGCUCGGAAAGCCGAAAGCACCCAGUCACCUCUCCAAACCAUGCGCAAACCCAAGACCUGGACCGUUGUCAAACCUUAACGCCGUCCGCCCUGGUCCUUUUGGUACCGUCUCACCCGCGGGAGAGAAGAUGACCCCGAGCGACCCGCACCACCGAUAGAUAAUAUCAAAAUCCCACGAAAAACAUGACAGGCAGAAAGAAAAAAUGGGGUUGUUAAAAAAAAAAAAAAAAAAAAAAAAAAAGGUCGUGAAAUCGAGGGUUAAAAAAAAAACCACCACCAAACAACUGAAAGUUGCUGUGCCACUCGGGGCGGAUGAGAGUGAACGUUGAGAAUGCUCAAAAAAAAACUG